AUGCAUUUCUUCCCUCGACUCGAUGAGGCGGAACGGGAGGUGAAACCGGCCGGGACUUACCGUGCAGCAGUGAUGGAGCACAAGGCCGUCGCGGUCGGUUCCGCCGCGGACACCAUGGACAGGAACCUGGAGAUCCUCGAGAGGAAUGCGAGAAUCGCAGCCGAUCGGGGCGCCGACUUGAUGGUGUUCCCCGAAUACGGGAUCACGAGCCUGGGUCUCCCCAUGGAGCAAGACAAAGCCCUGCCUUUCAUGCAAGACCUCGCCGCCGCGGACGACCUCCCCUGCCUCCAGCACAACUCGUCGUGGGUGAUUCGGCGGUUGAGCUGCACGGCGAGGGAGAACAGACUCUACCUCGUCGCAAACGUGGCCGAGAAAGAGUCGUGCAACGGCGAAAGGCAAUCUUGUCCAGCCGAUUCUCCGUACUUCUACAACACCAACGUCGUGUUCGACCGAGACGGUCGCUUGAUCACCAGGUAUCGAAAGAAAAAUCUGUACUUGGAGCCACUAUUUGAAGAAGGAGAUGGGAAGCCAGUGACUUUCCAGACUGACUUCGGUGGGAAAUUUGGACUACUCACAUGCUUCGACAUCAUGUUCUCAGAGCCUUUCCUCUCCCUGCUGGAUGAGAACAUCACCGAUCUUAUUUUCCCCACGGCAUGGGUUGAUUCAUUGCCACUCUAUCUUGGGGGUCAAGUGCAGGCAGGUUGGUCUUAUGGACUCGGGAUUAACCUUUUGGCAUCAGGAUACCACCGACCUCAAGGCGGCCAACUUGGGAGUGGAAUCUUCUCUCACCUCCAUGGUCCAGUUGCUUACUCCUAUUCACCAGAUGCCACUGGUCGACUCCUUCUUGCCGACCUCCCUACUCCUUCCUACCAGCAAUCGGGUUCCUUGUUCAGCCAGGUCAUUCCACCAUUGGAUGCCUUCAAUGACUCAACCGUCCAUAAAAUUUUGUCUUCAGACCUUAAAGCAUUUACCCACCAGGUAGUUGAAGGUAGCCAAGUUUUGGCAUGCCACAGUGACUUUUGCUGCCAGCUGAACAUUGAAACUCCUGGAAUUCUUGACCACUACAAGUUAUUGGCCUUUGAGGGCUUCAGCAACAUACAGAAUAAGUAUAAAUGGUAUUAUCAAGUAUGCUGUAUGGUAUAUUGUAGCAGUGGAACACUUGAGUCUUGUAGCAAGCUUUCAGGUACUCCACCAGCAACAAUCUUUGAUGAUAUCCAAAUUUCAGGGAAUUUUGAUACAGAAUUUGUGUAUCCCAGUGCAAUAACACACGACUUCCAACUUCUCAAGAUUUCCCAGGAUGAGCCUACUUCUACAUAUCAUCUGAGAGAAGUAUCCAACCUCCUCAGCAUGACUGUGUAUGGUCGGGUGUACCAGAAAGAUGGAUGAAAGAAUAAAACUAUACAAAACUUCUUCA